CAUCCAAAUAAAUACUAUACUCACAUGAUCCGACGCAUGCAUGCAGUAAGCAUGACGAACAUCUUGUAAAGAUCCAUUUGAGGGUUGUAUCAGCUGUGUGAACUUGUAAAUGCACUGUAUUAGAGGCAGGGGGCAGGGAACGCACGAUUUAAAGGGGCCGCAGCCUGAAUCGGUGCAUAGUUAAUGAUGCCCCAAAAUAGGCAGUUAAAAAAAUUAAUUAAAAAAAAUCUAUGGGGUAUUUUGAGCUGAAACUUCACAGACACAUUCAGGGGACACCUUAGACUUAUAUUACAUCUUGUAAAAACUGGUUCUAGGGCACCUUUAAGGUUUUUUUUUUUUUUUUUUUUACAAAGCAUAAAAAUAGAACAGUGAAAAAUUCUAUAGGUCUAAUUCUAGUUGGAAAAUAAUUUUGAACUAUUUGCAAAUAAUAUUUGCAUUUGCAUUAAUUCUAAUUAUUGGUGGUGGUGGUGGGGGUUUAAACCAAUAAGUCUUAAAAUGAUUUAAAUGUAGUUAUAUUCACAUAUAAAUGUAGUUGUAUUCACAAUUUAAUGUUGUACAUAAGGAUGUACAACAUUAAACUAACCUCAUUUUAUUUUAGUUUAUUUUCUUUUUAUUACAACAGAAGUAGGCUAGUCUAUUAGCGGUGGCUUACAUAAGAUCAAAUAUUGUCUUAGACAAAGGUGUCUUUAGAGUCAAAAAGGAUGAGAACCACUGCAGUAGAACCUAUAAUAAAAACAAUAAGGCCUACAAUCAUCUCCACACUGUUGCCAAGUUUAUAGCAAUUCAGAUUCAGGAUUUCAGGAUUUUUUUUUUUUUUUUUUUUUUUUUUUUUAAAGUCUUUUAUGUCAAAAAGAGAUUUAUUUUUGUUUUACUUGUACUUCUGUGCAGGGCAUUAUCUCUAGGGGACGCUACAGCUCUAAAAGACCAACUCUCUAUAGAAACCACAUGACUGUAAUGCUUUAUCCACAAUUGCCAGGUCAUCCUCUCUGAAACAGCAUUUGUCAUGUUGUUCAUGAACAUUAUGAUGACAAAUUUUUUGAUGAAAUCCUUUUUACAUCAUAAAUGUUUUAAUAGGUUAAUCUGUUGUUAAAAUGCUUUUUAGUAUAGAAUUUGGACUGACCUACAUUUGCUACAGAGGCUAUCAGGUUCAGCAGGCAUAAUUAUUGAAUAAUUAUUAUAUUAUUUUUAAAAAGAUGGAUACCAUUUGACUCUAGUUAGCAUUUCAAUUUAUUCCUAGGAUUCCAAUAAUUCAUUUUUGGGUGCAAACAUCAGCCAAUCAGAUAUAUUAUUAAAACAUUUCAUAAACCCGUUUAUUAAAUUGUUUUGAGCCCUGGGUCUUCUGUGUCCAGCCAGUCCAGAUUUUACCUGGGCUUUUAGGGAAUGUAAAAUAUUCCCUGUCAUCUGUCAGACCAUACAUAUCCUACAUUCCAAAUACAUUCUGAGACACACAGCUUUGUUUUUUUUUGUCCACCUCUUGUUCUAUAACUUCUAUUUGUUCUCUAUUUAGCUUUAAACACACUUUAAAAAGGGAGAAACAAAAAUUUAAAAAUAAUAUGUUUCAGUUAUUUUCCUUCAAAGGGAAAAAUGCAUCCACUCAACUUACUAUCCUGUGAACUCUGCCAUUGGUCCUGACAGCUGUCACUCACUAGAGAGGCUCUGAGAAACAAGGCAGGUGGUACACUCUUCAAAAUUCUCCCUAGGGAUUGUGUUCCCUGCCAAAAUUAACCCCAACACACACACACACACACACACACACACAUACAUGUACACAUAUAUACAGUGUAUUUGUAUGGGUCAGUCUUCUUUUACUGUUUGAGCCAGAGCUGGUAUACAGAAGAAAGUGUGUGUAUGACAGAAGACGUGCAGCAAUGCGUAAAGACUUGUAGACUUAUGUCUAUUUGUGUGUGAGGGGAUCAUUCUAACUGGACAUUUAAGCAAGGUGGGCACGCAACAGUAAUGGGAGACUGGAACAGUCUUGGGAAGCUUUUGGAAAGUGCCCAGGAACACUCCACGGUAGUGGGCAAAGUCUGGCUCACCGUACUCUUCAUCUUCCGUAUCUUGGUGCUCGGUGCUGCUGCAGAGAAGGUUUGGGGCGAUGAGCAGUCCGGUUUCACCUGUGACACCAAACAACCUGGUUGUCAGAAUGUAUGUUACGAUAUUACCUUCCCGAUCUCUCACAUCCGAUUCUGGGUGCUCCAGAUCAUCUUUGUCUCCACUCCGACACUGAUCUACCUGGGCCAUAUCCUGCACCUGCUGCGCAUGGAGCAGAAACAAAAGCGCAGUGAGGCGAGCGGGCCAGAAAAACAGGCACUUUUGAGCUCCAAAGCUGCAAAAGGUCCUAUACGUGAUGAACAGGGGAAGAUCCGUCUGCAGGGAGUCCUGUUACGCACGUAUGUCUUCAACAUCAUCUUCAAAACACUGUUUGAGGUGGGCUUCAUUGUGGCACAGUACUUCCUGUAUGGAUUCGAGCUCAAGCCACUGUACACCUGCAACAGGUGGCCCUGCCCUAACACCGUCAACUGCUACAUCUCACGACCUACGGAGAAAACCAUCUUCAUCGUGUUCAUGCUGGCAGUGGCCUGUGUCUCUCUGCUGCUCAACCUGGUGGAGAUGUAUCACCUGGGUUUCACCAAGUGCCGACAGGGUCUCCGUUACCGGCGCUCUCAUUCUGUCUGCGACAGUGAAUCUAAAGUACCCAGUGAAGACGCGGUGGUUCCAUUUGUGCCAAACUACCCGUAUUUUCCACCUCACGCUCCUCCUCCGGCUCCCUUUCCCACAGAGCCGCACUUCAACCUCUCAGAACCCGAUGGAACCUUCCCGCAGCAUGGCAGCCGCUCUGUUUACAAGCAAAACCGCGAAAACAUGGCUGUAGAGCGCAGCGGCAAAUCUGAUGAUGUCAAGAUGAAUAAAGCGGCGAAUUCUGUACCCGGAUCACCCUCGAGCCAGCAGCGCAGGCCCAGCCAUUCAAGUCGCUACAGCAACAACAAGACCAGAAUGGAUGAUCUCAAAAUCUAACUAGAAGGAAACGAGACUUCAUCAUGUUCUCCCGGGCUCUCCCGUUCUGAACACACGAGAUCCGCUCUCUCGCUCACUGACACUGAGCGUGAUGAGAUUCAUUUACAAAAGUGUCAUUUAAAGUGACAUCAGAAUCAGGGAGUCCGAAAUGAUGUGAUGCUUUACUUGAAUUCAUUUUGUGGGAACACUGCAAUCACUUGAUCAUCGAUUGAACAGAUUGAUGAUUGAAUCAUGGACUCAAUUAUGGAGCCCAUUUCUGCCACAUAAGAAAAAAUAGAAUUGGCAAGUCAUAAUUAUGAGAUAAAAAGUUGAAAUUAUGACAUACUAAGUCAUAAUAAUGAUGUUAAAGAUGGAAUAAUGAUAUACCAAGUCAUAAUUAUGGCAUAAAAAGUUCAAAGGUCAAAUUCCAAACAUUGUGCACUUCAGGAAGGCAAUGCUGUUUGCAGGGGCCUUCCAAAUGAAAGUGAAAACCUGAAAUCCUUCACAAGGGGCCCUUCCACAAGUGAAGGUUUUUUUUUUUUUUUUUUUUUUAAUAAAAACGUCAUUCUAUCAUGUAUAUUUAUUUGCAAAAAUUAUAUUAAAAGCUUUAAUAAGAAAUUUAUGUUGUAAGAAUGGGCUGCUAGACACCACUAGACAUUGUCAUGACAAUAUUUCAGGUGAAUAUAAUGACAAAGACUUUUUUUAAUGUUAGAAAAUCUGACUCUUAUGUAAUAAUUAUAACUUUUAUUUCAUAGGGUGAAGAGCCCUUGAUGUGGGGACUUUGGACACUUGUGUGUCAUAAUGUAGCCAUUUGAAACGCACUUGGCAGAGGGAGCAAUUAAAGAAAUAUGACAUAAACCAAAUGUUUAUCAUAAUUAUGUGAUGAAUAAGACAUCACAUAAUUCAAACAUUUAUCAUAAUUAUAAAAUUAUAUCAUACUUUUUAUCUUUGUCAUAAUUAUGAUUUACCAAAGCAUGCUUUUUUAAUUUUUUUUUCUGUGGCAGAAAUGGUCUUCCAUGUUACUUUCAAAUGAUUUAGAAUUGCUUUACAGUUAACUGCAAUAAAAUUCUUAGGAGACUUAUGGGUAACACUUUAGAAUAACUCUCGCUAUGAAGCAUUAGUUAAGCAUUAGUAAAUAGUUAAUUCAUCAUUUAU